GAUCGGUGUCUGCAAUUUCGGUACAACUGCAAUACCCUCACGGAAACUCAUUUGCUCUCAGUGUGAGCAUCGUACAGUUCACAUACACACUGCCAACGGUGCCAACCCAGCGAUAAUUUCUCCUCUUUCUCUGUAACAACGCACAACUCAGCUCCAAAUGGGUCCCAAAGCACCAGCCAAGCAGCCGCAGCAGGUUGCCUCACAAUCCAUUCCUGCUACUCCCGCCUCACAGAACGCGUUGGAUUCACUCUGGAAAGCAUAUAAUGAUACAACAUCCUCCCGCCUAAAAACUGUCGACGCCUUCCUUGUGUUCCUUAUGCUUUCUGGUGUCAUACAAUUCCUAUACUGCGUUCUUGUCACCAACUUCCCGUUCAAUGCAUUCUUGGCUGGUUUUGCCAGUACCGUUGGCCAGUUUGUCCUGACAGCAUCUUUGCGUUCCCAAGUGAACCCUGCGAACCGAGCUGAAUUCAAAGAAGUAUCUCCAGAACGCGCAUUUGCAGACUUCGCUAUGGGUUCCAUAGUCCUUCACUUUUUCGUCUUCAACUUCCUAGGAUAAAUAUCCCAUGCGGACAGUUUUGAGCCAAGUUUCGAUAGGAGUGGUGGUGUAGUUCUGUACACGGGAAUAAUGAUACCCUGCAUUUGUCCGAGUCUACGUGCCGUAAGCUACUGAUACAAUCCAAAGCGCGAAAGAGUAAGAAAUCGGGUUAUAGUUG